GUGACGGCCAUUAACGUGGGCAACCUGAAGGACGAGAGGAAAGACGAGGCCUACCGCUCCCUCUUCCAAGACCUGGAGAACAAGAAGGAGAGACGGGUCAUCCUUGACUGUGAACAGGACAAAGUCCGAGACAUUAUGGAGCAGGUACAAGCUCAGUGUGUGUAAUGCAGCGAGUGAGAUGUUGUUGGUGUGUGUUUGGUUUUACGAGCUUUGUGGGGACCAGAAGUCCUCACAAGGAUAGUAAAACAAGGAAUAUUCAUACAAGUGGGGACAAGACUAUUUUAGGCUUAGGGGUUAGGUUUAUGGUUACAAUUAGGGUUAGGAUUAGAAUUAGGGGUUAGGGAUUAGGUUUAGGGUUAGGGGUUUGGGGUUUGGGGUUAAGGUUAUGUUAAGGGUUAGGGUUAGGUUUAGGGUUAGGGAAAUUUGGAUUUUGAAUGGGAAUCAAUUGUUUGGUCCCCACAAAUCAAACGUGUGUCUGUGUGUCACCUGCUUAUGUGUGUGUGCAUCCUUGCCUGCACACUAUUCACAUCUACCCACCAAGUGGACUGAGGCCUUGCAACAAUCCCUCUAAUUGUUAUGUUAGACUACAACAACAGAAUUAAAAGGCAUAGAGAUUCACAUAAACAGGUUAUUUAUAAACCUUCCCAUAGACCGUGGGAUAGUCCAUUGAUAAGUAUUUAAAGCAGGCAGACGUUUGUUUAACCAAUGCCCAUAUUCGCCCCGCUGCUGCAUGGUAGAGGUUUUAUCUGAGAGAAACAGAAUCCAACCUGGUCACACUCUCCUGCCAAAGGAAGUCACUUAAAAUGCAUUUUUAUUCAAAUGAUUCUUCAAAUCUCUAUAUGUAACUGGAUUUCUAAGUGGAGGUGUUACUCAUGUGGUGGGAUUAGCUGCAGGUGUGUCAGUUGAGGUAGUUACUAAAAUGGCUUUUGAGGUAGUUACUGAAAUGGGCUUCCUGUUUUGGUUUCAGUAGUGACAAGGGAUAACACUGGCAGGUGGCAGUGGGUUAUGACUUUUAAUCGAAACAAUUGAUAAGGCUGUGAAUGUCAUACAUGCUACAGGUAUAAUGUGGAAAUAUGAUAGUGCUGAGCAUUUAACAGAAAUUGUGGUUAUUUUUCGUUUUUUAACAACUAAUUGACCGAUAUUUGUUCAAUGAUUUACCAACGUCGGCUCAAUUAUUAGAAUUCUGUUUUUUCUGUGAGCUCAGUGCGCAGUUUCUCUAGAGAUAAAUCAGAUCCGGCCUGAACUGUGCGAUGUAGUAGGGAGUUGUAGUUUCCUACAGGCCAAUAUUCUACAUAGUGCAAACAAUGUGGUAAUUAACUACAAAGACCAUAAUCCAUUGCGUGCCUACUUGUCUGGUCGGUGUGGGCAGAGAUCUGUAUAUAAUGACGAGAUGCUCAAGUCUCCGCCCUAACAAUGGGAGUUGUUGUUCCAAAAGAAGGAAGUCAGGCAGCAAGCUUAGUUCCAAAAUAAGCCAUAGAUACGCAUUGGGCUCAUUUUGGACAGAUUUUGGCGAGAGUGAAACCUCUCGCAUCGCCUCUUCCUCUCUGGUGUGUAGAGGGAGAGAAGAGACAAAGAACGCGUGAUCGAGAGGGAUAGAGAGCAGUUGCUUUGAGAGGUAUCCCUACCUGAAAAUACAUGAUGUAAGUGAUUGAUAGUUGGUAUUCAGCAGUCAUAAAAAUAUGCCUUAUUUACUUUAAGGAACUACUAAAAUAGUGGUUUAGUCAGACAGCAUAGGCAGCAGCUCUAGAUGAUGAGAUGAUGACUUGGAAUGAAAUAAUAAAGUAAUCAAAUAAAACUAAUGUAAAAUACACAACAACAACAAUAUUUUAUUAAAGUAAAGUAAUGUGAAUAAAGGAUGGUUAAUAUGUGCAGUAAUAGGCAUCAACUACCAUCGUGGGACUUUUAUAAAUUGUUUUAUUCUGUGUUAUUACAGCAUUCAAUCCACAUAAUGCAUUGUGCAUUUAAUGUCUCCAAAAAAAUCGAAAACCGUGAUUUUUUUUUUAGAAUCGAACAGAAACCGAACCGACCUCAAAAAGCACUAAUCGCUCCGCCAUAAAAUAUGACAAUGGAUGUUUUUUUUGUGUUUGGUAGAUUAAGAGUUAUAACUCCACUGAAGUAUACCAUUUUCAUUCUCAAACAUGACUGCUGUACCAUGAGGAAUAUGAUUACUUGGAGACUGUCUUGUUUGGUUUACACAUCAUUAUGGUCAGUGGUGUAAAGUACUUAAGUAAAAAUAUUACUACUUAAGUACCUUUUGGGUGUAUUUGUACUUUACUUUACUAAUGUUAUUUUUGACAACUUUUACUUUUAUUUCACUACAUUCCUAAAGAAAAUAAUGUACUUUUUACUUCAUACAUUUCCCCCACAUUUUGAAUGCUUAGCAGGACAGGAAAAUGGUCCAAUUCACACACUUAUCAAGAGAACAUCCCUGGUCAUCCCUACUACCUGAUCUGGCGGAUUCACUAAACACAAAUGCUUCGUUUGUAAAUUAUGUCUGAGUGUUGUAGUGUGCCCCUGGCUAUCCGUAAAUUAAAGAAACAAGAAAAUGGUGCUGUCUGGUUUGCUUAAUAUAAGGAAUUUGAAAUGAUUCCUACUUACAUUUACUUUUGAUAGUUAGUAUAUUUAAAAACCAAAUACUUUUAGACUUUUACUCAAAUAAUAUUUUACUGGGUGACUUUCACUUUUACUUGAGUCAUUUUCUAUUAACAUAUCUUUACUUUUAGUAUAACAAUUGGAUACUUUUUCCACCACUGAUUAUGGUUCUGUUCUGUUUCCCUAUCUGAUGUUGCCCCCAGGUCAUCACCAUUGGCAGACAUGUGAAAGGCUACCACUACAUCAUUGCAAAUUUGGUAAGUUUUCAGACCUCUGUUAACCAGCGGAGGUAUUGGAAUCUCAGGAAGAACAAAGCGACUUGUAAAAUAAUUUAUCAAGCUCAAUGCAUAGUGAUAAGACAUUGAGAACACAGAGUGAUUGUCUUCCAAUUGAACCCCCUACGUAUUACCCAAUUAGUUAGCUUAAUCUAUUAAAUCAUUCCUUUCCCGUUUUGUUUUUCCGCUAACAUUUCGAGAAAUUGGGACUUUAAGGUUCUAUCUGCAAAAAGAUGAUUCUGAGAUAAUUGGCUUUAAAGUUCCAAACCCUCAUUGGUGUCAAAAAUGUUUAUCUAUUAUUAUUAUUUUGAACUUAAUAACAUCAAUUGGGGAUAUUUAGAGUACUACAUAGGUAGAGAAUAUUGAACAGAACAAGGCUAUGUCAAUAACUCAAUUUUGACAAAAAUUUAGAUACAAUCGUAUAGUCCCAAGCUCUUUAUUUGUAUGAUGGCAAACAUUUCCAUUUUAUCUCCUCGUUUGAUUUCCUUGUUUUAAUUUCAGGGUUUCGUGGAUGGGGACCUCUCCAAAAUCCAAUAUGGCGGAGCCAACGUGUCAGGUUUCCAGAUUGUGGAUUUCGAUGACCCGUUGGUAUCCAAAUUUGACCAGAGGUGGGAGGCUCUGGAGGAGAAGGAAUACCCUGGUGCCGACAGUAAGAUUAGGGUGAGUAGAUAUCCACAUGGGGGUUUGGUUGAGAGGCACUCAGCUAGCAUUCCUCUGUCUCCGGGGAGCUGUGAGGUGUCUGCCGAUUAAAAAUGUUCCUCCCCCAUUCUCACUCACGCAUACUGUGCACAUACUGUGCGCGUGCAAACCCAGGAACACAGCCGCAUGCACACACACACAGACACGCACAAUAACAUGUCCUCACAACCCCACUCACACACACACCACCUCUUCCUCCCCCUCCCCUGUGUCCCCAUAUCCCCCCCACACACUCACACACCCUUCCCCCUCUGUUCUAUUGCAGUACACGUCUGCGUUGACCUAUGACUCGGUGCAGGUGAUGACGGAGGCCUUCCGCUACCUGCACAAGCAGCGCAUUGACAUCGCCAGGAAGGGCAACAACGGUGACUGUCUGGCCAACCCCGCCGUGCCCUGGGCGCAGGGAGUGGAGAUCGAGCGUGCACUAAAACAGGUGAUAGCAUGGGGUUGCCGUGGCAACAGCUGGCUAGCUAUACCACACACACAUACACACACAGACACACACAGAGACUGAAGUAUAAGGACAUACACACUCACACACACACACACGCACACACACACAAACAAACGCACGCAUAUUCUCCCCUGAGCUAACAGUGACAAUAGUCUGCCCACACACUCUCAGGAUUUCUCCCCUGAGCCUCCAGCUUCAGAGCUUAGACAAGGCAAUGUGAAUCCAAAUAUGUGUGGAGAAAGUUAAUUGGUUUUGUCUAUGACAGAGGUAUUUAAUUGUGGCGUCUUGCAAUUCUGACGCUGUGCUUUUGUGUCCUUUUAGGUUCGUGUGGACGGCCUCACAGGGAACAUUCAGUUCGAUCAACAUGGCAAACGAGUCAACUACUCAGUUAAUAUCAUGGAGCUGAAAAAUAAUGGUCCUGUGAAGGUAUGCUAGUGUUUCUGAAUAUGAAUAUGGCUAGAACAUGUCAGAAUCUUAAUAGACAGUCUUUAAUGUGUUGGUCUGUGAUGGAACAAGACAACAGCACAUCAGCACUGAACCAUCAGAACAAAGAUCUAAAGUCACAACAUUGGAUGGAAUUGGCCUACAGAAAUCAACCAUUUUUUGCAUAGAGAGAAGUUUCCCGAACCAAGAGAAGAAAUGACAGAGAAUUUAUAACAUGGCUGUGUAGAUGCUUCAGUCCGUUUCCACCAUGUGAAUCAACAACUCUGUCUACCGUUUCAUGGCUAUGUAGAUGCUUCAUUCCGUUUCCACCAUGUGAAUCAACAACUCUGUCUACCGUCACAUGGCUGUGUAGAUGCUUCAGUCCAUUUCCACCAUGUGAAUCAACAGCUCUGUCUACCGUCUCAUGACAUUAUGGCAUUGUUCAUUCACUAUUCAUUAUUUCCUCCACAGAUUGGAUAUUGGAACGAAGUUGACAAAAUGGCUGUCACAAAAUCAGAUGUGUUCCCGAAUGACACAACCGGGAUGGAAAACAAAACUGUCAUUGUGACCACAAUCUUGGUAAUGACUUAUCAUUGACUCUAUUCAUACCAAAUUACUUUUGAAUACACACCAAUUGGAUAUAAUUUCCUUAGAUUAGUUUCUCACUUAGUAAUUGUUACUAGUCCAUAGAAUAAUGUUUUUACGGCAUUACAGUGUCCAUAUUGACACUGAGGCUGUCCUAAGAUGGACACCGUACAACGUACACAGACCAACCCAUAGUUGUCUAGGGGCUCUAUUCACUCCGAUUUGCGGAAGUUCAGCUUUACAGCAUGAUUGAAAUUUAAAGGCAGCAUUCCUGCUUUAGCAGAGACUGCAUUCACAGUAAAUGCUGCAUAUGUCGGCUCAAUCGGAAAUUACCUUAACAUUUCUAUCACGGAAUCUGUAACGCUUCAGCUUUCCAUAUUAAAUAGAGCUCUAAGUCUAUUACAACAUAAAGUUUGUGAUGAACUAUUCAUUCAUCUGUCUCUGUACAAAGCUAGCAUGUAUACCAUGAUGUAAAGCCUAAAGGCAAGCCUACUGGACUGAACAGUAUUUGUCAUUUUCUCCCUCAGGAAGCCCCAUAUGUAAUGCUUAAGAAGAAUGCUGACCUUUUUCUAGACAAUGAAAGAUACGAGGGCUACUGUGUAGAUCUGGCCGCUGAAAUAGCCAAGCACUGUGGCUUCAAAUACCAGCUUAAAAUUGUGGGGGAUGGAAAAUACGGAGCCCGAGACGCUGAGACCAAGAUCUGGAACGGAAUGGUGGGAGAGCUCGUCUAUGGGGUAAGAAAAGAGAUACAUGGAUCUUCUAAUACUGAUCGCAUCCAAUGACCUGCUGUAUACAAUCUAUUGAAACAUUCCCAGUAGUUCCCUUUAAACACAACUAAACCCCACCCUGUUUCCCUAGAACAAUAUGCUCCUUCCUCCUCUCUAACCCAGAAAGCUGAUAUAGCCGUGGCACCGUUGACCAUCACCCUCGUCCGAGAAGAAGUCAUUGACUUCUCCAAGCCCUUCAUGUCCUUGGGGAUCUCCAUCAUGAUCAAGAAGCCCCAGAAGUCUAAACCUGGAGUCUUCUCUUUCCUGGACCCUCUGGCCUACGAGAUCUGGAUGUGCAUCGUGUUUGCCUACAUCGGUGUGAGCGUGGUGCUCUUCCUGGUCAGCCGAUUCAGCCCAUACGAGUGGCACACAGAGGAGUACGAGGAUGGCCAGAUCCAGACUAAUGAAUCGACCAACGAGUUUGGGAUAUUCAACAGUCUCUGGUUCUCCCUCGGCGCCUUCAUGAGACAGGGCUGUGACAUCUCGCCAAGGUGGGUCUCAAACUGCCUCCUGAUUGUACGUUGUUAGGCUGGCUCACUGUGAUUUACUAGUAUUCUUACAUUGAUCUUCUGGCUGAAAUUUACCAACCUGGCAACUCAUACUACAACGGCCAUCUAAUCAUCCUUCCUUCCUCUUCUCCCCAUGUAACUAUUCCCCAGGUUGUUGCAUUAAAUGGCAAUUUAUUCUCAAUCAUCUUACCCUGUAAAAUAACGAGAUAAAGAUAUACAUUAACGAUAUCUCUACAAACUUAAUCUCAGGACAUGACACUUUGAUUCACUUCCUGUAGAAUCCUGGCAGUCCAUGCAGCAUAUUACUUAAACAGACUAGAAAUACCAUAGUCCCAGUCAUAUUAGUGCUCGGCGUAUAGCGAUUUAAUGAGGUGCGAGUGCAGCAGAUUAUGUUAAACAGGCUCCGACUUUGUACCAGAGAGUGGACAGUCAGUCACAUGAAUUCUGGGAGAUUUGUCAUCAACCCUCCUCCUACAUCUCCACUCCCCCAGUCAUGUUGAGUCAGGAAAGAUAAGCUGUGGUGUCAAUGUGUAGCUAUUCCCCACCAAAUCCCUUUGUGUAUGAAUGAUCCUUGAUUAUGUUUACUGGGAGAGCUAACGUUGUAUAUUUGCUCCAGGGUGCUCAGUUUCGAUUUCUGUUUAUGGUCAUACCAUUUCUUUAUGUGCCCUCAAUCAGCUAUGAGUUUAGUGUAUGUAUCUUCCAUCUUGAAUGGCAUGUGUGGAUGUUUGGUGUUAGAAAGAGGGAUUUGAUUGACCUUUGACCUUUUGCAUGUUAUAGUGACCUCUCACCUCUAGAAAGUUUGUACUCAAUAUACUGACACCAUUUACAUAUUGUAAUGGUUUGCAAAUGUUUUGGAACAGUUAUCUAGUACAAAUGUUGGAUGUUUCUUGUAGCCCAACAAGCCAGCACACAGUCUUAAGCCAUGACCCAUCAAAUGAAUCGAUUGUGGCCCACCAGUGGGUUUGACAAUCAAUUUGUUUUUUUGUUCUUCACCAGAUCCCUCUCUGGGCGUAUUGUGGGGGGGUGUGUGGUGGUUCUUCACCCUCAUCAUCAUCUCGUCCUACACGGCCAACCUGGCUGCCUUCCUCACUGUUGAGAGGAUGGUGUCGCCCAUUGAGAGUGCUGAGGAUCUGGCGAAGCAGACCGAGAUUUCCUAUGGAACACUGGACUCCGGCAGUACCAAGGAGUUUUUUAGG